CGCUUUUGAUUCAAAUUGAAAAAAAGAAAAGGGUGAAAGUCAAAGAUUAGCGAAAAUGCAGGCCAUCAAGGAUAAGAUUACUGACAUGAAGGAACUCCACAAAGCAAAGGCUGAAGCAAGAGAGGUUGAAAAGGCAGAGAGACAAGAUGCAAAAAAUCGACUUGCGGUGGUUCAUCAGGUGGCGAAGGCAAGAAAAGCUGAGGCGGCGAUGGAUUAUCACGUCCAGAAAGCCGCGGAAAAGGCAGCGGAAGUACAGGAAGAUGUUGCCUCAGGCGGCGCACAGCUGCCCUCUGCAGAGGAACUCGAUGAUAGCCUCUCUUACAGCCAGAACGAGGCAUCAGCACCACCGUCUCAGGACCUUUACAGCGGUGGAGCCCACCCUGAUUCUGGCCAUGACAAGGCCGCUUUCGUCGACGUCCCCUUCUCCCCUGACACCGGCGCCCCACCAUCCCAGAAUGAUAGGCUGUAGGCUGCACAUUCAUUCACAUAUCCCCUUUAUAUAUAAUUGAAUAAACUUGUGCAGAUGCAUUGCUUUUUGCAAUCAUCCACUAUUAUUUUCGAUUUUUAUUCAUUUAGUUGGUGUUGCUGGUUCGUUUGAUUUGUUAUUUGGCAUUAGGGAUGAUGAAAAUGUGCUUCUUCUGUAUUUGUGUAUUAAUUGGAUUUUAUUGA